AUGGAACCACGCAGUCCACCGCCAGACAAUGAAAUGGGUGACACUAAGAUUGCUCUGCCAGGGAGGUAUGAGAGCCCUAUCACGGGCGCACUGCCGGCCGUGCAGCCCUUUGCCGGUCGUAUUGGUGGCAAUCAGUCGCUGGUGUUGGAUCGCAAUGAUCCCAAGAAUUCGGAUUAUCUCAAGGCAGUGCCGGACGCGGCACCGUUUAUGAGAAUUUCCGAAGCCUUGGAUUUGCGUGGAUUUCUUGAUUUGAAUUUGUGGAAGUUUGCUAUCGUAGAGGGUGUAGCCUCAUUUCUGCUCAUUUUCAUCACCGGCUGGAUUGCAAUCCAACCCAAACCGACGUCGUCAUCAUCAGCAUCAACGGCGGCAAGUUCGGCUGGCGUCUUCGGAACCGCCUCCUUCUUAGGUCCUCUUGUCGGUGGAAUCACCAAUUGGUUUUUUCUCACCCUAUUCAUCUACUGUUUUGCACCCGUCAGUGGUGGCCACAUCAAUCCCACCAUCACUCUUGCAACAUUCUUCGCGCGCCUCAUCUCUUUCCCACGUAUGGUCUUGUAUCUGAUUGGGCAAACAGCCGGCGGUGCUCUCGCAGGGCUAGUGCUCAAAGACGUCUACGGAUCAUCUGACUUUGCGGUUGGCGGCUGUCUCGUCGAGACGAAUUUAGUUGAGGUCCGACAGGCGUUGGUAUUGGAGUUUAUGUGCACUCUUAUUCUAAUUUUUCUUGCGUUUGGUGUUGCGCUUAAUCCGCGCCAGGAGCGGAUCUAUGGACCGGCGUUGGCGCCCUGGCUUGUAGGUCUGGCGCUGGGGUUGUUGAGCUGGGGGUCUGGGUAUGAGAAACCGGGAUAUGCUGGUGCUAGUAUGAACCCUGCCCGCUGCUUUGGUGUAUACGUUGGUAGUGGGUUUCCUGGGUACCAUUGGAUACACUGGGUUGGGGUCAUCUGCGCGACGUUAGGACAUGGUGUAUUCUACCAAUUGCUGCCUCCUUGGAUUUCAGAGAAAGCGAAGUAA